AUUUAGCUAAUCAGGUGCGUCACCCGUGGGUGCGGUUAUCCACUCCACCCUCUUCCAGAGAAAACGCCGAAUCUAGGGUUCGGAAAAUUUGUGGCGGGAAGACAGAACUUAUCAGCAAAUCGUAUUUUUUGGUGAAGAACGCUGCAACAUUUCACUCGUACUUGCUCUUGCAAGCGAGGAUCAAACCCUAUCUUUCCUUCCAAUGUCAUUCCUUGAAGAUUUCCGAGCCAGCCUUUUUGAUACAGUAAACUGUUAUUUGUUCAGGCCUAGAAUCGUUGCCUACUAUAUUGCAGAGAAAAUAUUCAUUGAUGCGUGAUUUGGAUAAAAGUUUGCAAGAAAGCCAGCACCAAAAUGAAUUACAUUGUGAACAAGAAAUAGAGGACAUUAAAAGAGGAGUUCAGUCUGGAAAUAUAGCACCGGAUACUUCACUUAUUAGAUUCUCAGAUGAUGCCCUUGACGAGCAAAAGCACUGCAUCAGGAUUGCUGAUGAAAAGGUUGCACUUGCAACCCAAGCCUAUGACUUGGUGGAUGCACAUGUUCAGCAACUUGAUCAAUACAUGAAGAGACUUGAUGAAGAGCUCAGAAGAGAAAAAGAUCUUGCUAGUGCUGGCGCAGUGGCUGCUCUGAAUCCUGGCACUAAUGUUAAAUCUGGAAGAGGAAGUGAAAGUAGCAAAGGAGGCCGUAAGAAAACACGCUCAGCUGCAGCGGUAGCAGCAGCAGGAAAUGCACCAAGCAUGGAUUUAGACUUGCCAGUAGAUCCAAAUGAACCAACAUACUGUUACUGCAACCAAAUCUUCUUUGGGGAGAUGAUUGCAUGUGAUAACCCAGAUUGCAAGAUAGAAUGGUUCCAUUAUGGCUGUGUAGGACUAAAAGAACCCCCCAAAGGGAAGUGGUAUUGCCCUGACUGUGCCAGUAUUAAGCGUCGGAAAGGCAAAUGAAUGGCAGAAUUUGUUCCAAGUUUGCUGUGGAUAUUGGAGGUCGUCAACUUAACCGGAGCAUGAUAGAGACUGACAAGCAGGGUUCUCACCACUAACUACUUGUAAAUUCUUAACUGUGACCGAUACUUAUGGCCGGCCAGCAGGAGUGUAAUACAGAAACUGAGUGGUUUUUGUUUCCUGCUUAGCUUUGUAUUAAAUUCAAUGGCCAAUGAUGAAUGAGUUGGGGUCCAAUCAUAUUGGUUGUGGUUAAUAUGAUUUUCUUGAUGGCUCUCAAUACUAUCCAGAAUCGGGGAAUUACCAAGAUAGAAGGUUGCAUGUCAAAUCUGAUGGCUUUAUGUAUAUGGAUUUUCCUAUGUGUUAAGCA